AUGGCAGAAAGAAAAGUUCUAGUUAAAUAUUAUCCACCUGAUUUCGAUCCUAAGUUACUACCAAACAAUCAUCGUCCAAAGGGUAAAUAGGAUAAUGUCAGAAAUAUGCUUCCCAUGACUGUCAAAUGCAACCAUUGUGGGAAUUAUCUCUACAUUGGAACUAAAUUCAAUAUGAGAAAGGAGACAGUAUGGACAGAAAACUAUCUAGGUAUUCUGAUUCAUCGAUUCUACUUUAAAUGCACCUAUUGCUAUGCUGAAAUAACUUUUAAAACUGAUCCUCGAAAUCAUGAUUACAUAGUUGAAGGAGGAGGAACCAGAAACUAUGAUCCCUACAGAGAUGCCAAGGCAGCCGAAGAAGUACUAAAAUAAAUGAGAGCCAAUGAAGAACAAGGCGAUUCCAUGAAAUUCUUAGAGAAUAAAACCCAUGAUUCAAAAAAAGAAAUGGACAUCAUGGAUGCCAUUGAUGACACUCACCAACUCAAUAGAAGAUAAACCUAAUUUACUCCUGACAUGUUGCUUAAAUAACUGUUUUAUGAUUUAGAUGCCCUGGAAUUAUAAGAGGAAUGGGAAAAAUCAAAAGAAUAUAAAGAAUAAUUUAAAGUUAAGAGAUUAUCCGAUGUCAAUGAAAACGAAGAUAAAACUAUGCAUAGUGUUACUCAGCAUUUAAAGUAAGUUGUUGUUCAAUCGUAACCAAAAUAAGUGCCAUAAGUAGUGAAACUAAAGUAUAUCAAAAAGUUGAUCUGCUGUGAGAAAGAAGGAGAGAAGGUUGCCAUACUCAAAGAAGAAGAUAACGAAAAUAUUACUGUUAAGUAGGAGAACUUAAACAAAACUAAUCAGACCUUGUCAUUAGUGGAUGAUGAUUAUUCAGACUGAUCAUUUUAUAUUUUAAGUAUUUACCAAUUAACUGGAUGGUUAUAAUAACUAAUA